CAUGACCCCUCUGGCUCGACCGCAGACCGAGGCCGUUGAUCUAUCCUUCUCUAAACCGCCGUUCCCGCGGCGCUCGGCUGUGAGCGGCUAGUCAUAAUACCAGACGAGUCCUGCCCCCGUGGUCAAGUGCGACAUCUUGAAAUAUUGCCGUACCUACUUGUGUAAAUCCUGUCCCUUAGGAUUGCCGGUACUGACUAUCUCGCUCCUUAAACCUAGCCUCAGGCAACACAGCACCACAAGCGAGAAAGACUACAGUACCAACCGUGAUCCGACUCAUUCCCAUUCAUCCUUUCCGCCUCCGAGCUCGCCGACCAGGAACUAUACCCACUGAUCGGUGGUCCCGCUCACCUCACGGGCGCAUUUCAAACCCAAGAGGCAAAAUGUUUGGGAAUCUCACGUUUAUGCUCCCUGUGUCGGGGGCCUCGAGGGAGCCGCCAAAGGAAAUCCCGCCGCCGACCCCUAUCAAUUUUCCCCGGUGUUACACACAAGUCUCUGACGGGAAGCCGGGCUCCGACAAGCCCGCAAAGCCGCUCACCUCGGUGCUGCAGAGCAUUGUGCGGCCGACCGAGGUCUCCACGUCGCACUUGGAAGCUCUCGGAGUCCACGUGGUCCCGGAUGCGGCUCCGGCCCAGCUGAUUCCAGACCCGGCCUUCAUUCCAGACUUCGACGCUUGGCACGCCCUGUCGACCGAGGAGGUGCAUGCUACCAAUGAGAGCACGAGGAGACGGCUGAAUACGGGCAACCUGUCGCCCGGGUGCCAGACAUACCUGGAACGAAGACGAGAGCUCUCUAUCCCUAAUGAAGCGGCCUACCGAACUAUUCGUAGGCUGCCUCCUCCAAAGGGUCAGCCGCAAGCACGCUUGGGGAAUGCCUAUGAGUUCUACCGGCACUUGGAGCUGUUCUCUGCUUUCUGGGAAGACACCUCACAGCCGCCGGCGGCUGAGCCCAAGCCUGGUCAGGACGAGGAGGGAAACGCCGAGAACGGAGCAAGUUCCGCCGAGUGUGACAAGACUCCCCAGAACGACACCGAUACGGCCACCUACUACCGCACCGGCGCCGGCCACCAGAUGCCCGUCGAUUACCGCCAGAGUAUGAUCACGGCCUUUCUGAAGCUGGUAGCCUACGACUUCACUUGCAACGUGUCGGCCCCUCGCACCGAGCCACGGCUCCACAUCACAUCCAAGACGCCCGCCGGCUCGACGCGCAGCUCCUACUUCACAUCGGGAUGCACCUUCAUUUUUCGCACUCCAAACACACGGGAAGCCGCCAGGGCGGGCAUCGUUGAAGGGCCGGUGGCGGCCGUGAGCGCGCGGCACACGACGAGUUUCCCGCCAGCCAAGUCUGCAUCGCCAUCGUCUGGCACGGAUUUGGAGUCGACCCUCGACCUCGCCCGCGAGAUUGUGGCGGCGCUCAUCACGGCCCAGCACCGCGCCCGCGAGGGCCGCGUCGAGAAGCGCAUCGGUGAAAACGCCUGGUGGUGCACCAAGCCCCGCUGGGGCGGCGGCCCUGGCGGACCCAUCGGGCGCGAGGUGGAGAUGCUCUCGGGCGCGGGCGACACCAUCGGCGACAAGGACGCCCCGCCGCCGCCAAAGAACCCUUCCCCUUCCUCCUCCCCCUCCCCCUCCUCCUCCUCCUCUUUUUCCUCUCCUUCUUCGGCAUCCUCUUCAUCGUCAAGGCCCGACUCAUCGUCCCUCCCGCAACGACCCUUGGGCAGUAGGAAUAUAUUUCUUAGGGGUAAUAACAGCAUCUCAACGAGCAGCAGCAACAGCAGCGGCAGUAGCGGGUCAUCCAAGGGGGCCAAGCGGCUCAAGAAAUCGGGCAAUCACCCCAUGUACGACAACUACCGCAUGAUCCGCCCGCCGGCGGCGACGUGGGACAAGAAGACGCGGUACGAGGCCAUCGGGCGCGCCCGCGGCGCCGACUACGACGACAUUUUUGUUGUCAGCGCGCUGCUGCACCACGUCAGCAUCGUGCGAGUCCGCGUGCCAGAUCGGCUGCUUGCUGUUUUGUCUGGGGAAGAGGAGGAUGACAGGAGGAGUAGGAGCUGGGGCAGGCUCGAGGUCUGGCGGAGCCCGUGGUUUGACUUUUUUCUGGUUGAGGAGAGGGUCAAGGCUAUGCAGCUUGUUUGGAGCAUGAUGGCUUGGAUGAUGCGGGAGCAGGCUCAGGACGGCCAGAGGGUCGAGGAGAAGGGGGACCGGCGGGAUGUGAGGAUGACUGGGUUGUAAGUCGAGGCCUUCUUUGCUUGGAUCUGGGACCGCAGCAGUGCAGAGCAGCCUGGCGUGCGAACCUUUUAGCUGCCUCGGCCGCUACACGCUUCGCGCUCAGCUUGCUCCACCAGCGACUGAUAGUCGUACUCACCAUCUCGAGCCAUCUCGCCGUUAAUACAUAAAAACUGGGCUGCGGGGUCGCUUUGAACCUACAUAGAAUCUUGCAGCGGCGUUUUCAUUGAGCAUGAUUUGGCUCUUGAUAUUGGCCCAAGCUCCAUGUUUAAGCUCCG